GGUCGGUGUGGUCAGACACUGAACGAAACAAUCCUUCCUAUCUUGUAGAAAGAAAAUAAAAAAAAACUAGAUAAGUAUAUUUAAACAUAUGCGAUUACCUCCUAUAAGAGUAAACUGACUGUUUGCGUGCCGGGCAGACAUUGUGGCGCUCAACUGCCAGGUGAAGCAAGCGGAACAAUCAACAUGGUGGCAAUCGAUUUGUUUACAGCGAUAGCCAUCGGUGCAAUACUCGUGCUGUGCUAUCAUUACAUAGCUCAGAAAUAUCUCUAUUUUCUGACAAAACCGGUGCCAUGUCUAAAACCAACCUUUCUGCUGGGGAAUUUUGGCCCUUUACUGUUUCGACGAAGGGAUGUUGUAUCCCAUAUGAAUAUCCUGUACAACGCAUUCCCCGAUGCCAAAAUUACAGGAUUCCAAGACAUGGUUGGUGCAGUCUACCUUUUACGCGACCCGGAAAUGAUCACGAAAAUGUGCGUAAAGGAUUUUGAAUUUUUCAUCGAUCGUACCCCAGUGCUGCCGAUUGAUCAAAACAACGACUACAGUUUAUUUGCUAACUCGCUGUUCGCGAUGCGUGGCCAGAAGUGGCGUGAAAUGCGAGCCACGCUGAGUCCGGUCUUUACCGGAAGUAAGAUGAGACAGAUGUUCCAGCUGGUGGCGGCGACGGCACAAUCGUUGACCGCGUUUAUGGCUGCCGAAGCUCGCAGAGGGGUCAGGCUAGAGUACGAAAUGAAGGACAUGUUUUCGCGAUUCGCCAACGAUGUCAUCGCUACGGUUGCUUUCGGAAUGGAAAUGGAUUCGGUGAAGAAUCGCGACAACGAGUUCUUCCUGACCGGUAGGAAGUUGACCAAUUUUUCUUCCGUUCCGAUUAUAGGGAAAUUCUUGGUCAUGCAAUGCCUACCGUCGUUGGCAAACAAACUAAAGUUUGACUUGUUUGAUGAAAAAUCGACGGAAUAUUUCAAGUCUAUCAUUGUGGACAAUAUGAGACAAAGAAAGGAUCAGGGAAUCGUGCGGAACGAUAUGAUUCAGAUGUUAAUGGAGGUACGGCGAGGUACUUUGAAACACCUACAGGAAGAGAUGGACUCAAAGGAUGCAGGUUUUGCAACGGUGCAAGAAUCCAGUGUAGGAAAAUCUUCACACUCUCGGGUCUGGUCGGAGAAUGAGCUGAUCGCUCAGUGUUUCCUGUUUUUCUUCGCUGGCUUUGAAACGACCUCUACUUGUAUGACGUUUUUAGCCUACGAGAUCUUGGCGAAUCCGGAAGUUCAACAGCGUUUGUUCGAGGAAAUUCACAAAACGGAUAAAUCGCUCAACGGAGAGCCACUCACGUACGAAGUACUGCAGAAAAUGUCGUACAUGGACAUGGUGGUUUCGGAGGCACUUCGCAAGUGGCCAGCGAAUUUGCACGUUGAACGUUACUGCACCAAAGAGUAUCAAUACGACGACGGAGCUGGCAUGCGGUUUGUGAUUGAGAAAGGACGAUCCAUUCUCAUUCCAGCCAUCGCAAUCCAAUGGGACUCGAAGUAUUAUCCGAACCCGGAACGGUUCGUUCCGGAGCGAUUCAGCGAGGAAAACCGAUCGUCCAUUAAUCCUGCUACGUAUUUGCCGUUCGGAAUCGGUCCACGAAACUGCAUCGGAUCGCGAUUGGCCCUGAUGGAGGUUAAAGUAAUGAUUUACUACUUGCUGAGGGACUUCAGCUUGCAGCCGACCGAAAAAUCGCAGAUUCCGAUUCGGAUUUCUAAGAAGGCAUUUACCCUGCAAUCGGAAAAGGGAGUUUGGCUGGAGUUUCAACCAAGAAAACAUUGAAGAAUUUUUCGCAAUUGUUGAUAAUUUUAUUUUCUAUUGUACUAUAUUAACAAAGCUAAUAACAUAUUAUUUGGUAGAUGGCAAUAUGUAAUUGAUUGUAAAUAAAAUACAAAAC